AUGGUUAAAUCUGUGAUAGUAACUGGUGUGUCAAGAGGCAUUGGUAAAUCUUUGGUGGAGGAGAUUCUUGACGACAGAGAGAGUGCCAUUGUAACCGGUAUCGCUAGGUCAGAAAGUUCAUUGAAAAGUUUGAAAGAACAGUUUGGUGACAAGUUCUUCUAUGUGGUUGGUGAUGUUACAGAUAAGAAUGCUGCUAGUGCAUUGGUACAGGAGGCAUUGAACAAGACCGGUAAGAUUGAUUCUGUUGUUGCUAACGCUGGCGUAUUGGAACCUGUACAAAAUGUACAGCGGGCUGAUGUUGACGACUGGAAGAAAUUAUUUGAUGUGAAUUUCUUCAGUGUUGUUACUUUGGCUACACUGGCUAUGCCGCACUUGAUUAAAAGCCAGGGAAACUUGGUCUUUGUUAGCUCUGGUGCAAGUACUAAAUGUUACAGUGGUUGGGGUGCCUAUGGUGCUUCGAAGGCAGCAUUAAACCAUUUAGCACUUACCAUUUCAAAAGAGUGCGAUGGCGUUAAAGCAAUUUCUGUGGCUCCCGGUGUGGUAGAUACUCAAAUGCAAGUUGAGAUUAGAGAGAAAUUUGGCCCUACUGGCAUGACGCCAGAGUCACUGAAGAGAUUCAACGAUUUGAAAGCUAAUGGUGAUCUAUUGGACGUUAAAGUUCCAGCAAGAGUCUAUGCUAAAUUAGCGCUCCAGGGAAUUCCUAACGAAUUAAACGGCGAAUAUUUGAGAUACAACGACAAGAGAUUGGGUUAA